AUGGAACAAACUACCGACCAUCUCUAUGCAUACCCCCAACAAGUCUACAGCAAUCUACCAAACUUACAGGCCCCCGACAUAGCUGACCAAUGCUCCCCUUCAAAAUCAACUCUAAUUUACGGAACUGCAAAAGUACCAAGUACUAUCUCCGCAACUACAAAACAUAAGCGAAACACUGCAAUCGGUUAUCCAGAUCCUCAGCAACUCGACGGCCGUUGUAGAUCCACUGGUGUCGGCAUACCGUGCUGCUUUUAUCGAGUUCUUCGCCGCGCUCAAUACAUCUAUGGAUUCCGAGAUGACUCGGUUUACAAGUCAGGUGGUCUCUUGCAGUCGGCUACAUAUCAUCCUGAAAUCCACACUGGAGAUCACGUGUGGCAACACUGGAUUGCCCAACCGAUUGGGUGGAUUUAUGUUCAUUCUGGCUCUUCUAUCCCUUCCAAUGCUCAUCGUUUCCAUCAUCCUCCAAGUAUUCCUGGUUCUGCACGAACAACACUGUAUGCAUGCUGCCAGUUAACGCGGCUGAGGAUCCCAGCUUGA